AGAACUGAAGACACUGCGUAUCGCCCAGUGUUCCCUCACACAGCCAUUGCAGGGCACAGAGAGCCAAGCAGAGAUCUUUAGAUUCUGUCAAGAUGGGGAAAGAUCCAACCAAGCCAAGGGGGAAAAUGUCCUCCUAUGCCUAUUUUGUCCAGACCUGUCGGGAGGAGCAUAAGAAAAAACAUCCAGAAGCGUCCGUCAACUUUGCGGAGUUCUCCAAGAAGUGCUCAGAGCGGUGGAAGACCAUGUCUGCCAAGGAGAAGGGCAAGUUUGAGGACCUUGCCAAGCAGGACAAGGCUAGAUAUGAGAGGGAAAUGAGGAACUAUGUUCCACCCAGGGGAGAGAAAAAGAAGCAGUUUAAGGACCCCAAUGCCCCAAAGAGACCUCCAUCUGCCUUCUUCAUUUUCUGUGCUGAGUUUCGCCCCAAGGUCAAAGGUGAGAGCCCUGGCCUGUCCAUUGGAGAUGUUGCUAAAAGGCUGGGUGAGAUGUGGAACGGCACCCCAGCAGAGGACAAGCAGCCCUAUGAGAGCAAGGCUGCUAAACUGAAGGAGAAAUACAAAAAGGACAUGGCAGCAUACCGCUCCAAGGGCAAAGUGGGCGGCGGGCCACCUGCAAAAGCUCAGGCCAAAGCAGAGAAAAAAGAGGAUGAUGAUGAUGACGACGAUGAUGAUGAUGACGACGAUGAUGAUGAUGACGACGAUGAUGAUGAUGACGAGUAGAUAAGUUGCAUUUAGUGCUCAUUUUCUUGUUUAUAAAGCAUUUAACCCCCUUGUACACACUUCACAUACUGACACAAAUUUAGUUGGUAUUUGGAAAAAUGUUCAAAAAAGGUUGUGUAUAUCGGUUGUUUUUAUGCUGUACAGUUUUUUUUUCUUUUUCUUUUUUGUAUAGUUAACACUACUAAAGUUAUCGUGUCUGUAUCUUCUGCCAGUCUUAUUUUUCCAGUGGUAGUUCCCAGACCACUAUCCCACCUGGUACACCGUAAUAGGGGUGGGCGUACAGUAUUUACCGUAGCUAGAAGUGCAGAGCACAUAAAAUCUUCUUGAUAGAUUUGAGUGUUUUUUUUUUCCUCCUUUCGUGUGUUUUUUUAUGACAUGUUAUCAAAUUGACGUAUCAAAAGUUGUUUAACUGUUCUUUGAGUACCACUGUAACUGCAAAAAUAAGAAAAAGCCUUGUUUAUUGUUGAAACUUCAAUUGCUUCUGAUGUCAAUAAACAUUUUUUUU